AUGGAGGGUCUUGUUUCAGCUUCCAGAGCCCGCUCAGUAAUUCUCCCGAGCUCUCCUGCUCUCGGCCAGUGCAGCACGGUUGGUCGUUGUACGCAUGCCUGUGUUUCAAAGCAAGCAGAGAAACUGCAGAGCGUGAAUGUGAUGGAAAAGAAGGCAUCUUUCACUAGUUCGGGUGCCGUCCGCCCCCCUCGCCUGGGAGUGCGCUCUUCAGCUGCUUCCCUGAGCCCCUCAGACACUCCUGGGAGCAGCACCGCCAAUAACUUCAGCUCAGUUCAGUGCGUGUGUGCUCCAGCUUUAGCUCUUCCCACGUACGUUCGUUUAACCAAACCACCGGGGCGCAAGGGCUGGAACCCGCUUCUCCGCACCGCCGGCUCAGGGCAGAAGCGGAGCUGGAGGCUGGCUCCGACGGAGGCAGGAGGCGGGGCCGCGCCGGGUUCCGUCAUCCGCGGCAUGGCGGGCGGCUGUGCGGGGCUGCUGCUGCUGACUGCCCUGCUGGCCGCGGCUGAGCAGGAGCCGCGCCUCAGGCCGCCGGCCGAGGCCCCCGUGCGGCUUUUCACCGAGCCCGAGCUCGCCAGAUACGAUGGGCAGAAGGAAGGACAGCCCAUUUACCUGGCAGUGAAGGGAGUAGUAUUUGAUGUCACUUCUGGAAAAGAAUUUUAUGGAAAAGGAGCCCCAUACAAUGCUUUGGUUGGAAAAGACUCAACAAGGGGAGUUGCAAAGAUGUCUCUGGAUCCAGCAGAUCUUACCCAUGACAUAACAGGACUCACAGAAGAGGAAUUGACAUCCCUGGAUGAUACCUUCAAUAAUGUUUAUAAGGCCAAAUAUCCAAUUGUUGGCUAUACUUCACGACGAAUUCUGAAUGAGGAUGGCAGCCCCAAUCUAGACUUCAAGCCUGAAGAUCAGCCACAUUUCAACAUCAAAGAUGAGUUUUGAGGACCGUUUUUGUACCUAGAGAGUGCUUGGUGAGAAGCAUGAUCUCUUCUGGAGUUCAUUACAGCAAUUAGCUAUCAUGAAUCAGUUUUCUGUUUAGAAAACUUAUGUGUGUGUACACAGAUAGUUUAGAGGAAACAAACAGAUCCGUAUUAGUGUCAUACACCUGGGAUGUUGGCUCUGAAUUAUGGGAAUUAUUUCAUAAGAAAGUUCUUCCUGCCUGGAUUUCUCUGUUUACAAGUGUGUAAUGUAAAAUUACAUUCUUUAGAAGAGAUAAGGAAGUUUUUAAUAGUUGAAACAUGACUGGUUUUUUGUAAAUCCCAAGUUUUUUCCCACUCCUUGGAAAAGAGUGAGUAUGUUACCUCCAUGAGCUAACAUCAGUUCUCUGCUUCAAGUGAAUUGAGGCAGCACAGGUUCAAACAGGUGUAAGAGAGGCUUAUAAAAAGUAUUGUGGGAUUUAGUGUUGGACAGGUUUGAGAAUACUGGAUAUAAAACCACUCAGUCUGUUGAAAUGCAGGUACUGUGGAAUAUUUAUGCAAAGCCUACAGCUGUGAUCUAAGAAAAAUAAAUCAUUUUUCCCCAUAAGAAUUACUGUGACACAUAAGUAAGACUACUGUUAUAUUAAUUUUAA